UAUAAACAAAUGCCUGCAUGUUGUCAGCACUGGUGUUAUGCAAACCACCGAUUGUCAAAAAAUUUUGACAAAUUGCAAUUCUCCUCAUUUUUACAGCAGCAUAGUUAGCUGAAGAGAAAUACAGGCAAUGGAUGCUGCUAAGAAGCAAGACAUGCCCCCACCAGGAGGCUAUAAGAAAAUUCCCUUUGCCCGUGUGCCAGCCAAAGUAUACUUCUCAGGUUGGCAAAUGCUGGGAACAUAUGCUGCUGUGACCACCGUUGGCCUAUAUGUAUAUUACUUGAAUGCCAAGAUGAUUAAACGGGAAGAAAUUGAAAUGCGUUCUGCCGAGAAUGUCAUUUUCCCCAUUUUGAUUGCUGAACGUGAUCGUGAGUUCUUAAAACAAUUGCGUCGCAAUCGCGAUGAGGAGGCCAAAUUGAUGGCCAAUGUUCCUGGAUGGGAGGUCGGCACUUGGUAUGGAGAGCCCGUUUUUAAAACAUUGCCCAAGGAUAAAUUAGUGAGCCCCAGCUUCAAUGAGUUCUAUGCCCAUACUGAUUGGAAGGCUUUGGCUAAACGUGCCCAUAUCAAAUUAUGGUCUUAGAUUGUUUGCAUUCUACAUUGAAAGUAGAGAACUGCUGCCCGCAGAUAAGCUUUUGUUUAGUUUUAAAUAAUUUGAGCGAUUUUUUAAAGUCCUCGUAGGAAAUGAUUUAAUAAAUAAAAAUGUAAGAGGAAGCUUAAAUAA